AUGAGUAUCCCAAACUAUUUUUAUAAAUCAACAGAAUUAAAAGGCGUUGGUGAUUCAUCAUCCAAUAUACCAUUAUUAGGUAAUCUAUCUUUGUCUGAUAGUGGAUGCCAACAUUCCCGCGAGACCUGUGUUUUUUGUCAAGCCUCCAUCAACCAAUCUUUUUUCAAAAGAGUAGAGUCAAUGAAAAAUAUUAUCAACAACAAAGAGUAUAAAAAAAAUAGUCACAGAAUUUCAAACAGAAUCACAAAUUGCCAUCUUAAAAUUGGAGCAAAGAAUAAAAGAGUUGGAAGAUUCAAACUUGGAAUUCGUCAAGUUUACAGAACAAAUCAAAAGAUAGCAGAGGAAAACAUUAAACUAGAAAAUCAAAACAAACUCAGAGCAUUUAUUCAAAUGGAAACAUACUUAGUUCAAAUUCUUGGAGGAGGAUUGGAAGGACUAGACGAUAAAGAAUUGAACCAUCUCAUUGAAAUAUGUCGUCAAAUUAUUGUUAAAAGGAAAGAUAUUUAUUCCUAA